CUUGUUUCUAAAAUGGCCAAGCAAAAUUCUCCAUCACUAAUUGAAGUCGUAAAACAAGUUGCAGAGCAGCAGCAUUCUCAAGCAUCAGAGAUAGAAAAAAGCAAAACAGUUCUUUUCCAACUGCAGGCAAAGUUUCAGGAACUAGAAAAAGAAAUGGAUUCUAUUCUGUUAGAAAUGAAGACAACAGAAAGGGAAAUAUAUCUGCAAGAUGAUGCCAUACAAGUGACAAAAUAUCACUGUGAAAAUCUGGAGGCCCAAGUCAGAGCCCUGUAUUCAGAAAAUUUAAAGCUGAGGUGUGAUGCAGAAACAGUACAAGAAGAGUUUGAGAUGACAUCUGCAAGAAAUAAUGAAUAUCGGGAAAAAAUAAAGGCUCAUAAACAUCUCUUUUGGGAGAUGGAAAGUAAAAUGCCAGUUAUGGUCGAGCUUGCUAAAAAGAAAGCUGUUGUUAAAGAAUUAAAGACAAAUAAAGAGGAGUUAAUGUGUGAUCUCCAGAAUCCAGAAGGAUCUGCUAUAAAACAAGUGCAGGAAGAAAUUACAGUUUUAAAAAGGGAAAUCACCACAUUGAAAGAAUUAAUUAAUAAAAAAACAGAUUUGCUGGAAGAAGAGGAAAAAAAACAUGCUAAGCUUAGAAAAGAAAUUGAGGUACAGAAUAAAAGAUAUGAUGCUAUUCUAAAACGUUUGCACUGCCAACUGAACAAACUCCAUUCAAAUAAAAGACAGUGGCACUGGAACAUUCAGCAGUUGGAGAAGAAGGCAGCAGAACUAAGGAAGUGUCUUGGAGUAGUGGAGAUACAAAGUAGCAUGUAA